CUCUACUGAUGCAUCGUGCUGGACACAGAGCGCGUUCCCAACGAAGACAGCGCCUUCACCUAUUCAUUCCACGCUUGGAGAUAUCACCACGUACGAAUGCUCUAUGCCACUCACGGACCCCAUUCGGACCCUGCCCGACUCGAAGCAAUUGUUCGUCGCGAGCUCGGCCCGUUAAUCGAAUUAAGAGACACCUCACCCCACAAAAUAGACGACUAUCUCGGAAGGGUGAUCGACUGUGCUAUCAAUGUGGACUUCCGUGUCCAUGCGAUGAAAGCGGCCGCUUCUUUCGAGAUGCGCGAACCGGAGACGCUGAAGCUUUCGGGCUUCGCCUACAAAGGUGACCCGAACGUCAUGGUCCGUUAUUAUGGGUCAGCCUGUGAUGAUGGCCUCCCCGUCCACUUCAUUAUUCGCCCACGCCUGCAAAUCUAUGGAGUCUUUGAUUGGGCCUAUUCCGUUAACCUGUUCCACCGCACUGAGCCCUUCUACGACGAUUACGACCAGCGCACCGUUGUACCUAUGGAGGUCGCCGUGGGAUUGUUUGACGCUGAGGAUCGGGAGCUUUGAGACGGCGGGGAAGAGGUUCAAAGUCAGGGCGGAUCUGUUCGUAUCGUUUCGCGGGUCAUGUAUGCUACUUUUGUUGUUUUAUCUUCACCGAGGAGCUGGCCGUUAUCGUCUUCACCGAGGAGUGCGCGAAGCC